AUGUCUAGGUACUAUGGAAAGCUGUUGCUAUCUCCAUCACAGCUUCAGGCAAGCCACAUCUUGCACAGCCAGCACAGCCAGCACAGCCACUUAGAAGAUUUGCCCGUCCUGAUCAGGAAACUUCUGCCCCGCGUGGCCGUUGCUAUUUUUGGUCUGUCAGAAGCUACCGCGGACCUCCGCGCUUACAGAAUAUCAUACGCCCGUCUGCCACUGUCUUUGACCUUUCUCCGUUACCUCACGAGAGCUGAGGUUCUUUCAGCACGUACCUCGCACGUACGUAUUGUUCUCCCGUCUUUGCUGCUCUGGCUGUGGUGUGGCAAGUCUCAAAGUCAAUUCGACCUUCGAUACGAUCCGGGAAGUUAA